AUGGCUCCUAACGCGCGAACGAAGGCGCCGGCAGGACGUGGACGCCCCAAGAGAGCCGUCGCGCCAGCCAUAGCACUCGCGCCUGUCGCAAACACAACGCCAGCAAAACGAGGUCGUCCUGCUAAGGCGGCUGAGGCUGUUGAGGUCGCUGCUGAGCCUCCGAAGAAGCGCGGCAGGCCCCCGAAAAAGGCAGAAACAGAUGUUCAGGCGGUAGUCGCAGACAUGGCUGUCGCGCCCAUGUCCGGUAAGAAGUCGGCUGGUCGCGGUCGUCCUCGCAAAGAAAAAGCGCCCACGACUGCCACCAAGGCAGAUUCUGCUACACCUAAGCACGGCCGCCCUGCAGCCAAGGCAGCUGUGAAUCUCAACCUCGUCGCUGGCUCUCCCCGCGUCACCAAGCGCACUUCACUCCGCACCAAGAAGACCGCGCCCAAGCCCAGUAGAGCUGCUGCCAUGAGCACAUCCCGCCUGGACCCGCGCAUACGCUCAAAGCUGCGCACCCGUCUCCCCGCGUCCACCAAGGUGGCACAGGAAGCGCGAGCUCCUCAGCCCACCAAGCGCGGUCGUCCCAAGAAGGUGGUCGCUGAAUCAUCGGCGCCAAAGAAGGCUGAUGUGCUCAAGAAGACCGCAGUUUCCAAGAAGUCUGCUGGCCGCAAGCCCGGAAUCGUCAUCGUCGAGAAGGCUACUAAGUCGCCGGUAGUGAAGCCCGGAAAAGUCGGUGCUCCACGCAAACGCCGCGGUCUCACAACUCUCGAGAUUCCCGACAAAUUCGCCAAAGCAGUCCAGGAGUUCUACAAGAAUUUGCUAGCUGCUGAUGCCGACAAGUCACUGGCUACACCCCUAGAGAAUGGCGAGGGAUCUGCUGCCGACGAUGAACUUGCAGACGAGGCUGUGGAGGAUGCAGAAGAGGAAGAGGGACACGAAGGAGAGGCAGAGGGAGAGGAAGACGUCGACCUGACCAGCGCAACCGCAGGCGCCAAGGGAGACGUAAAUGAUGUUGCAACAUCAUCUGGUUCAGAGAGCGAGCAUGAUACCGACCCACAGCAAGGAUCGUCAUCACCCGAUCCAGAGCAGGGCCUCAAUCGUGCCUUUCAAGCUCCCCAAGAACAAGUUUCCGCCUCAUCCUCAGAGCAACAUGUCUCCAUGCCGGGUCAAUCCUCUUUGGCGCCCACGCAGCUCCACAGCAAACAAGUCGUUCAACGCGAACAGACUUUGGAAAUCGAUAGUGCAGGAAACGUGAUGGAGGAGUUUGAGGAAGGAGUAGUCGUCUACGAGGGCACAAACGAGUUUACCAGGUCCUUGCCCGAUCCCACUGCCAAGUCUAUGUUUGCAGCGGCGUCCUAG